UAUUUCUUCUCGAACUCUCCUUCUCGACGCCUCAAUAAAAAAGCUUCGCUGUUUGGAAAAAUUAAACAAAAUGGCUUUGCCAAAUCAGCAAACUGUUGAUUAUCCAAGCUUCAAGCUUGUAAUUGUCGGUGAUGGUGGUACAGGGAAAACCACAUUCGUUAAGAGGCAUCUUACCGGAGAGUUUGAGAAGAAAUAUGAGCCAACUAUUGGUGUGGAAGUUCCUCCUUUGGAUUUCUUCACCAACUGUGGAAAAAUUAGAUUCUAUUGCUGGGAUACAGCUGGCCAAGAGAAGUUUGGUGGUCUCAGAGAUGGAUAUUACAUCCAUGGACAGUGUGCCAUCAUUAUGUUUGAUGUUACUGCACGAUUGACAUAUAAGAAUGUCCCUACAUGGCAUAGGGAUCUUUGCAGGGUCUGCGAAAACAUUCCUAUUGUUCUCUGCGGAAACAAGGUGGAUGUAAAGAACAGGCAGGUGAAGGCAAAGCAGGUUACUUUUCACAGGAAGAAGAACUUGCAAUACUAUGAGAUUUCAGCUAAGAGCAAUUACAAUUUUGAGAAGCCAUUUUUGUACCUUGCCAGAAAACUUGCUGGGGAUCCUAACUUGCAUUUUGUUGAGACUCCAGCCUUGGCUCCCCCAGAAGUGCCUAUUGACCUUGCAGCACAGGCACAGCACGAGGCUGAGCUUGCUGCUGCUGCUAGUCAACCUCUUCCAGAUGACGACGACGAUGCAUUUGAGUAAAGAAUAUCAGGGGGGUGUUGUCAUUGAUGGAGUGAGAGGCAUUUGAUUAUAUGAUUUGAAGGAUAUAGAUUUAUGUCCUUCGACUUGUAUGAGUAUAAACUGGAUGAUUUCAGGUUUAUUACUGACCUGUUUGUUUGAGUUGCUCGUAUCAUCAUUUUGCCAGGGGUGUCUUGCCUUGUUUAUUCCAUCUUCAUACAUACAGUUUUAUGCUCCUUGUCGAUGUCUGCAGGAUGCUACUAAUGUUUUCUAUCUGUCCUUAAUUUGCCAGUACUGUGCUGAUUAGCGAUUAUAAUUAUGUCUUUUCUUA